AUGAGCGGAUUAUUGAGGAGUAACGUGACAAGAGCGGCCUUGAGACGUGGAUUGGCAACGGAAGUUGGUCAGCAGGCUCCCAGAUUGAAGACCUUCAAAAUCUACCGUUGGAGCCCUGACAAGCCUGCUGAAAAGCCAAGAUUGCAAGAGUUCCAGGUGGAUUUGAACAAGUGUGGUCCCAUGGUGCUAGAUGCACUUUUGAAGAUCAAGGACGAGCAGGACGGAACUUUGACGUUGAGAAGAUCGUGCAGAGAAGGUAUCUGUGGGUCGUGUGCCAUGAACAUCGGUGGCAGAAAUACGUUGGCGUGUCUUUGCAAAAUCGAUCCAGACACGUCGAAGGAGUCGAAAAUCUACCCCUUGCCACACAUGUACGUCAUCAAGGACCUCGUUCCGGAUCUGACGCAAUUCUACAAGCAGUACAAGUCCGUGCAGCCCUAUCUGCAGCGAACCAGCGUUCCCGCUGACGGGAAGGAAAACCUGCAGAGCAUUGCAGACCGCAAGAAGCUGGACGGACUCUACGAGUGCAUCUUGUGCGCUUGCUGCUCCACAUCUUGUCCUUCGUACUGGUGGAACCAGGAGCAAUACUUGGGACCUGCUGUGCUAAUGCAGGCAUACCGUUGGUUGAUCGACUCGAGGGACCAGGCGUCCAAAAUGAGAAAGGAAAUGUUGCAGAACUCGAUGUCGCUGUACAGAUGUCACACCAUCAUGAACUGUACCAGAACCUGUCCCAAGGGUUUGAACCCAGGUUUGGCCAUCCAGGAGAUCAAGAGGUCGAUGGCCCUUGAGUGA